AUGCCGCCCAAACCCCACUGUAACCCCAGUACACCUACUGAUGACGACAUGCCGACCAAACCCCACUGUAACUCCAGUACACCUACUGAUGACGACAUGCCGACCAAACCCCAUUGUAACUCCAGUACACCUACUGAUGACGACAUACCGACCAAACCCCACUGUAACUCCAGUACACCUACUGAUGGCGACAUACCGACCAAACCCCACUGCAACCCCAGUACAUCUACUGAUGACGACAUGCCGACCAAACCCCACUGUAACUCCAGUAUACCUACAGAUGACAACAUGCUGACCGAACCCCACUGUAACUCCAGUACACCUACAGACGGCGACAUGCCGACCGAACCCCACUGUAACUCCAGUACACCUACUGAUGGCGACAUACCGACCAAACCCCACUGUAACUCCAGUAUACCUACUGAUGACGACAUGCCGACCAAACCCCACUGUAACUCCAGUACACCUACUGAUGGUGACAUGCCGACCAAACCCCACUGUAACUCCAGUACACCUACUGAUGACGACAUACCGACCAAACCCCACUGUAACCCCAGUACAUCUACUAAUGACGACAUGCCGACCAAACCCGACUGUAACUCCAGUACACCUACUGAUGGCGACAUGCCGACCAAACCCCACUGUAACUCCAGUACACCUACUGAUGGCGACAUACCGACCCAACCCCACUGUAACUCCAGUACAUCUACUAAUGACGACAUGCCGACCCAACCCCACUGUAACUCCAGUACACCUACAGAUGACGACAUGCCGACCAAACCCCACUGUAACUCCAGUACACCUACUGAUGACGACAUACCGACCAAACCCCACUGUAACCCCAGUACACCUACUGAUGACGACAUACCGACCAAACCCCACUGUAACCCCAGUACACCUACUGAUGACGACAUACCGACCAAACCCCACUGUAACCCCAGUACACCUACAGAUGACGACAUACCGACCAAACCCCACUGUAACCCCAGUACAUCUACUAAUGACGACAUGCCGACCAAACCCCACUGUAACCCCAGUACACCUACAGAUGACGACAUGCCGACCAAACCCCACUGUAACUCCAGUACACCUACUGAUGGCGACAUACCGACCAAACCCCACUGUAACUCCAGUAUACCUACUGAUGACGACAUGCCAACCAAACCCGACUGUAACUCCAGUACACCUACUGAUGGUGACAUGCCGACCAAACCCCACUGUAACUCCAGUACACCUACUGAUGACGACAUACCGACCAAACCCCACUGUAACCCUAGUACACCUACUGAUGACGACAUGCCGACCAAACCCGACUGUAACUCCAGUACACCUACUGAUGGUGACAUGCCGACCAAACCCCACUGUAACUCCAGUACAUCUACUGACGGCGACAUGCCGACCAAACCCCACUGUAACUCCAAAGAUGAUGUUUCUUCUGAUGAUGCUUCUGAUGAUGAUUCUUCUGACGAUGCUUCUGAUGAUGAUGCUUCUGAUGAUGAUGCUUCUGAUGAUGAUGCUUCUGAUGAUGAUGCUUCUGAUGCUUCUGAUGACGCUUCUGAUGCUUCUGAUGAUGAUGAUGAUGCUGCUAAUGAUGAUGAUACUUCUGAUGAUGAUGCUUCUGAUGAUGAUGCUUCUGAUGAUGCUUCUGAUGAUGAUGCUUCUGAUGCUUCUGAUGAUGCUUCUGAUGAUGAUGCUUCUGAUGAUCCCGGCCAUCUUGGAUUAUUGGAAGACUCAUCCACCCCUUUCCUCGGUAUCAGAGGAGCGUCUUGCACCCUUUUAGGGGUCAGAACUGACCCACAAUUGUUCUACUCCGACUGA